AUGAUGAACAAUCAUCGCGUUCUCUAUUUGACUAUACUAGUUUUGUCUCAAUUUGAUUUGACAAUAUCAGCAACACCUAAUUGUCCAGUUGAAGCGGACCCAACAACGAUUCUUAGUUGCGUAGCAAUCGAUGCUGUUGGUCUUGUUCAAGCAACAAAAGGAAACAUUCGAGCUUUUUGCACCAUGGCUGAACGAUUCAUGGAAUGUCUUAAAACUAAAACAAGAGGCUGUAUUGGUGAAGACUUCGUUCGUGGAUCUCUUUCAGAAUUAAUUGAACUUUCGCAAAAAUGUUGUGUGAACAGAGGCGAAAGAAUGAGUGAAGAGUGUCCAUUCGUCUCUAAACCACAAUGCUUCUUCAUGAACGACAUGGCUCAAUCGCCUAAUGGUAUCCACAUACCAAUCAAAGAUCUUCGAAUUGGUGAAAAAGUUCUCGCCAUUGAUCAUAACGAUCGGAUAGUUCCGACGGAAAUCGUUUCGUUUCUACACUAUGAAAAUAAUUCUCAAGCUUUCUUCUACAUAUUUACAUUGGAGACAGGCCAUCAAAUUUCUGUUACAUCAGAUCAUCUUCUCUACGUUGGUAAUCGUACUUAUGUUCAAGCACGUUUUGUCGAUUCUAAGCAGCAUCACCUUUACAUCAUCGGAAGAAAUGAUCGUUUGCAAGCAUCACGUAUUCGUAAAAUUGAUGUCCAACUCAAACAAGGAUACGCCACGCCAAUCACUCAACACGGAACGCUGAUUGUUAAUGACGUGGGCGCAUCAUGUUACUCAUCUAUUUAUCAUCAGAAUUUAGGUCACAUGGCCAUGGCGCCUUUACGUUGGUAUCACAAUGCCAAACAACUGUUUGGCAUGACGAAUCCUAGUUCAAUAAAUACAAAUGGUAUUCAUUGGUAUCCGAAAACAUUAAACAACAUGUUGCACAUGUUUCGACCCUUAGCAAAUGUCUUUACAAGUACAAUGGGAACGAUCUAA